AGAGAAUGCUCUGAGAGACAGACAUGCAGGCCUUCCUCCCCGCCGCCAACUCAGCCCGUAACCAUCAGUUUGUUUUCCUGGAUAUAAUUAAAAGAACUGGAAGGAGGGAAACCUUUCUUCCAACUGUCAUUUCAAGAGUGAAAUAAUUUCUGGAAUGACAGUUCUGCUUGCUAAAGGGGAACGCAGGGGAUUUAAGGGAAGGAACAGAGCUCCAAACCUCUGUCCAGACACUCCUGUGACUGCUUCUGUUCAUCUCCCUCACCCUGCACCAGAGACGUUGGGAGGGGCUGAAGACACAGUAGGAAGAGCCCGAACAAAAUGGCACAUCUUCCAGUUGCUCAAAGGGGCACUGAGGAAUGCCACAGUGCUGGAAUGCCAUGGAUCUGUGGAAAGACCUUUGUGAAAGAAGUUGAGAGGGAGCAGAGAUAUCAGGCAGCCUGAAAGAUGGGAUACCAAGGGAUUUUGCAAAAGGAGGGCUUGGCUGAGUGAGAAGCCAGGCAAGAGGAUGAAUUUGCUGGACAUUCAGGAGAAGAUGUGUGCACAAUAUUCAGUUCUUUUGUGAUUUAGUCCAAGAUCAUUCCAUGGUUUCCAUUUUGCAGAAAGCCCUAGUUCUUAUGUCACCUGAUUGUGUGAGGAUUUCAGCCUUCAAUUAAAAAUAAUUCUACUGGUUCUUCAGGUCAUAAAGAGAAGCUUUGCACAGAUAAUCCAGCUGGAAAGGAUGAAAGCCUAGAGUGCAGACUGCAUCCCUUUGGGGUAAUGUAUGGGUUGCCUAAUGGCAUUCACUACAUUAGUUUUUAGAAGUCAUCCAGAGCCAGCCUGAGCUGCAACACAUAUUUGGGUUUUUAGGCCAUGCAUUCUACCUUAAAUGUGGUACAUCUGUGGGAGGAAGAUGGAACAGACCAGAAAUGGCAUCAUUUUGACACAUGGAAGACAGUGAUUCAGUUAUUUCACAGGUACAUGGACUACUGCAAAUUAUGCAGCUCAUAAAAAUCUUGACAGUGUUUAAAGAAGCAGUUUGAUUGUGUCAGUCCCCUUCUCAUCAUGCCAACUGGUCAUAUCGUUUUGCCGUAUAAGCAGAGGGCUCAAGGAAUAGAUGAACGCUUGGUUAGCCUGAAGAAACGUAACUGUUUUCUAAAGAAGCACUGUGCAUGAAGCCUUCAUUGUUAUUUCUUGAUUGGGAUUUGUUCUGUGAAUGAGGCGAGGACUUUGGUCUCUGAGGAUGCUAAUCCAGCACUUCUUGCUGACCUUAAAUUGACCCACCAAAGCAAUGUAGAAGUGACACAGUUCUGCUGAGAAAGUGCAAUAUGUGCCAAAACUUUUAAUAUUUUUUUUUCUGUCUGUUUAAUCUAGUGUCUGAUGUGAAUGGAGGGAAAAAAGGAUGUACAAUACAUUCCUUGCACCAAAGUCUUAGAAAAGAAAAUGUAAAUGCAUGAGUAUGACACAAACACCCCUUCUGUUAACAUGCACUCACACAGAAUUGUUCAAGUUGCCAAAAGCACAGUUAGCCAGCCUCCAGCAUGUAUAUAUGUAAUUUACUGAAGGGAGGGGACAGGUCUAAUUUAUGCACUUGGCCCUCAGACCAUGGUUUACCUCAAUACUUUUGAAUGCGCAAAUUCUGUAAAUCUUACUGGGAGAAAGAAUGUCAGCUCACGCCAGGCUCUGGACAUGCUGAAAAUGUUGCUUGCACAGAUGAUGACUUGUGUUCAAUUUGCUGUUGUGCAUGGGCCUGAACCAAACUCUCUUCUUCCAAACAUCUCUAAAUUUAGGAGGCUUUGGCAUCCCAGUCCAGAUAUGACUCAAUAGUUCUCUGUGUUCCAAAGAAUAACUAUUAGGUUGCAAGGUGGGAGUCGUUAUGUAAAUGGGAUAAUAUAAAAGAAUAUCUUUAUUAAUACUUUUGUUAUGCCUUGGAGCUAGGGGUUUGCCAAGGCUUAUGUGGACUCAGGAUGAGCUGGACACAUCCAAUUAAUAUAAGUAAUGUGACUUUUCUUGAACAAAUGUGACUUCUCAGUGCACAUUACAGUUAUUGAGUGUUCCAGCACUGUUGCAUCUGGUCCUCGGAGGCUUAGAAAGUGUAUUCUAGUGUUGAAGCCUGCUCUUCUGAUUUUGUUUGGUACUGAAUAAACAAGUUCAGAUUUUCUGUGCUUCUGUCAGGGGAGUAAAAUAUAUUGGUGCGUGUUAUUGAUGGAUAUACAAGCCCUAGAAGAAAAAAAAAGACAGAAUAUGAAAUUAAGAAUGACGUGUCCAUAUGCAAAGUAAGUGUAUCAGACCUUCCACCCCUUUCCUGAUGUAUUCAUAGUUUCUAUAUCAUGUAAAAGUCUUCUAAGCCUUCUCUCAGUGUAGCAUCUGAGUUUCUUCCACAGAUCCCAUAAUCAAUAUCUAACAUGUUCUGCUGCUUCUCUCUCUUGUCCAGAGGGAAACUGUAUGUGCAGUUUAUCAGUGGAGCUUGGGUGCUGGAUGGCAGGGCAGGUGGAAGACAAAUGCCUUGAGUUAUGCACUUUGAAGAUGUACUGUGGAUUUUGGUCAAGUGUGCCAUUCUGCUCUGAUAUCCUUCCACAGCCUCCUAUGGAACACUUAUUACUAUCCAAAUGUUUUGUGAUUCACCUAUCGUUAUAUACCAAUUUCACUCCAGGAUGUCUCCCAAGUGAUGGAGAUUCACCACUAGAAGAUAAAACGGAAGAAAAACAGUGGCACCGAGGAAAAUUAUUCCAAUCCUUCUUAUGGCUUCUCAGACUGGGAAAGACAGGCAGUUCCCCCUGCUCCUCCAUGGCUCUCUCCAUGGUUCACCAUUAUCUCCAACUCCACUGGCUACACAGGGCCCCCAGCUGGAACUGUUCUUACCAAUCCAGCAGUCCCGUGCUGCUCUGAACCACGCUGGUUAUACUGCGGAGGAAGAAGCCAGUUUUUCAGAUGGCUCAAUGAUUCAAAAAGUUGAUUAAAGAUAUGAUGGUUUUAUCAUUGCUUCAGAAAGACUGUCUGUAAAAUCCAAAGAGGUUUUAUUAAAAAUGCACAGUGAGAAGCAGACUCCAGUAAAAUACUACGUUGGAAUUGAUGUUGGGUCAGCAAGUGUUCGAGCGGCUUUGGUAGAUGAGUUUGGGACAGUUGUGGCGCAUGCAGAUCAGCCAAUCCUAAUUUGGGAGCCCCAACCAGACCACUACGAGCAAUCCUCCGCAGACAUAUGGGCUGCUUGUUGCUCAGUCACAAAGAGAGUUGUCUGUGGAGUAGAUGCUGGCCAGAUUCGAGGGGUUGGUUUUGAUGCUACAUGUUCCCUUGUUGUUGUGGAUAAACAGUUCCAACCUUUGGCAGUCAACUGUGAAGGACAAAACAACAGGAAUGUUAUUAUGUGGAUGGACCAUCGUGCAGUCAGUCAAGUUGAGCGCAUCAAUGCAACGCAACAUAAGGUUUUGAGCUAUGUAGGGGGAGUGAUGUCUGUGGAAAUGCAGCCACCUAAAUUGCUGUGGAUAAAGGAAAACUUGCGAGAAUCAUGCUGGGAGAAGGCAGGCUACUUCUUUGAUCUUCCGGAUUUCUUAUCUUGGAAAGCCACUGGUGUCACUGCAAGGUCCCUCUGUACAGUAGUGUGCAAGUGGACAUACACUUCCAAUGGAGGUUGGGAUGACAGUUUCUGGAAAAUGAUUGGUUUGGAAGAUUUGGUGAAGGAUAAGUAUGAAAAAAUAGGAAACCACAUCUUGUCUCCUGGAGAGCCUGUUGGAAAAGGUCUAACGCCAGGAGCUGCAAAAGAUCUUGGUCUCCCUGAAGGGAUUGCAGUAGCAGCAUCGCUCAUUGAUGCACAUGCUGGAGGACUAGGAGUAAUUGGAGCAGAUGUGAAAGGACAUAACCUGCCAUGUGAAAACCAGCCAAUUACAUCCCGUAUUGCUAUGAUCUGUGGAACAUCUUCAUGCCACAUGGGGGUCAGUGAAGCGCCCAUUUUUGUGCCUGGUGUUUGGGGACCUUAUUUUUCUGCUAUGGUACCUGGAUUGUGGUUGAAUGAAGGAGGUCAAAGUGCUACAGGAAAACUAAUAGAUCACGUGGUCCGAGGCCAUGUCGCUUUCCCAGAAUUACAGUCAAAAGCUGCAGCCAGCGCUCACAAUAUAUAUACAUACUUGAACAGUCACCUGGAUAUGAUUAAGAAAUCUUUGCCUGUGGGUUUCCUCACUGUUGAUUUACAUGUUUGGCCAGAUUUCCAUGGUAACAGAUCUCCCUUAACAGAUCUGACACUAAAGGGCAUGGUUGUUGGAUUAACGUUGUCUCAGGGUCUGGAUGAACUUGCCCUUAUCUACUUGGCCACAAUUCAAGCCAUUGCUUUAGGAACAAGGCAUAUUUUGGAAACCAUGCAGGCUGCAGGACAUCAUAUCAACACACUGUUUCUGUGCGGUGGGCUGAGCAAGAACCCUCUGUUUGUGCAGAUGCACGCUGACAUUACUGGCAAGCCUGUUGUCCUGUCCAAAGAAGUGGAGUCUGUUUUAGUGGGUGCUGCUGUUCUUGGAGCUUGUGCUUCUGGAGAUUUUGCAUCUAUACAGGUACAGCGUACCCACACAGCACUGAUUGGGCUAUGCCAGUGUUCUGGGAGUGGAAGAGAGAUUUACGAUGGCAUUGAUUGCAGUGCUAAAAUAAACUGCCCUCCUGUAGCCAAAGGAAUAUGAGUUUGUAAAUGCUAGCGUUUUAUAUGCAAAAUGAAGGACAGUGGCUAGGGAAGCAGCUGCCUAGGUUAGCUGUUCAAGAUCUGAAAAUGGCAAGUCUUUAAAAGCAAAGAGCCAGAAGAAGUAAUUUGUAUUAAAACAAACCAUGUAAUGAGUCAUUUGACUUCUUUUUCUCUUACACACAUCGUUUAUGUCUCAGGCCUUCUAAGCCCUGAGUAACAUCUGAUACUCUUUAGGCUGAGCCUGCUCCACUAGGAGUGGAAUCCUGCUUCCAGUUACAGUGUACCACUUAGAACUCUGUUUAAUUUGGGUCGUGUGUUUACAGGCUGUAACUAUUACUUAUUUGUCAUAUUUAUAGAAAAGGUUUUUAGUCAGAGAUUCAGUCCCGGCCAUGCUGUUGAAUAGUUCUGCGUUUUCAGCAGCAGCAGAGAAAAAGUGGCCCGAGAGGAGCUUUUACACUUAGCCUUACUCCCUUUUCGCACGCAGCUUCAGUCAUUCAGGUCAGGAGGCACGAGGUGGGAUGCAGGUCCCUUGCCAUCCCUCCCAGCCGCUGCUGCAGCCUGAGAAUCUCAGCAGAGCGUUGCUCCACAUCUCACACAGUUUGUGUAUGAGCUGCAUGUGAUUUUUCUUCCCUUUUACUUUGAAAGGGAAGACACCGAAUCAUACACUAUCUGAAAUACACAGCUUUGCUCUUUUUUCCCCUUUUUCUUCUUUUACUCUCAAUUUUCUUCGUCCAUUCCCUUCUGCUUGCAGAGUUUUUUAAAAUAUUUUUACCAAAUGCUUCAGGUGCGAAAAUACUUAAUUGCAGCAAGAAAAUAUGAGAAGUGUGUGAAUUCUUCAAGUCUUCUUAGCCCCUUGUGCCAUAGCCUAUAUAGACCUGAAAGGGGAAAGCGAAACACAGCCGAAGGUCAAAAAAACCUUUGUCCCACUCGAAAGUUUACAGGGAAAGUGUUGCAACAGCCCAGCCAGCUUCCCGGGGCAAGGACAAUCCUCCAGGCCCACUGCUGAAAGUGGCUGCACCUUAAUUAAGCAGCAGGACUCUUGUUCCCCCUAGUGGUUAAUUACACAGGAUCUGUUUCACGCGAACAUUUUUACUUUGCUUCAUUAGAAUUUCCCUGCUGAAUUUUCCUCCCAUCCACAUUUUUCACUAUGUUUUGUAACUGUCUCAGUUUCUCCAAAUGACGACAUUUGCCAUUCUUUUGAUUGCGACUUCAGGAAGCAGGAAAGCAUGCCAUGAGUAGAUAAUACCUUAUAUUUGCCAACCGGCAUCAGUGUUUAGGGUUGGAGAGGUUUUUGCACGUGUGCCACCCCUGCAUGCUGGAUAUUUUCUGCAGUGUUGGCAGUAAGGGUUAAGGAAAAAAAGGCUUUUCUUUCUGUAUCAGCAUCCCUGUUCCUGUUGUAACUCCUCGAGUAUGAGCAGAUAUGAAAGUCCAGAAAUGUUAAACACCCCAAAUCAGCAGGCUUGUUUAAUGUCCUUGAGAUAACAACUGAAGUGCCUGGCCUUACGGAUCAAACAAAUACCAUGUAAAAUGUAAUGUAGUAUUUCUUAGCUUUUUAUUCCCCCUGUCACUAUGUUUGCUAAUAUAGUUCUUAUUAGCAACCUGGUAACGGGCGAUACUGUGUGUAUUGGGUCAAACUCAUUGGCCGUACUAGUUCAAAUCUAACAUAAGCCACUGUAGUAUCAAGUUCUUCUGAGUUUACUUCAGUAUAAAUAAAAGCAGAAUUUUGCAAUGAGAAAAAGAAUGUAUGUUAAGUAACUUGAGAGUCAAAGGACGGGGGUUUUAUUCCUGGCUUUGCCACUGAUUUUGUGACUUUGGGCAAGUUUUUAACUUUGUUCUUCAUUCAGCUGAUUUGUGAAGCCAAUCUACUGAUGUUUAACUAUCUCAGAGACUGGUUUUAUAGUUGUAUUAAGGGUGACAGAAUGUAAAUUGCAAGAAAAAUUAGUUAUGAUGCUAAUGAUGUUGCUUUGGUGUAUUAAAAUAAGUAAGAAUGGAAAAGCCAGUA